AUGUCGGAUGGCAAAAGUAGAUGUUUAAUCAACUUUCUUGUCAAUAACCCUCAAGGUACUUGGUUCUUGAAAUCGGUUGAUGCAUCGGCCUCUAUUAAGAAUAGAGAUUUGUUGUAUGGCCAUUUGGAUGACGUUAUUCAAGAAAUUGGGGAGGAGAAUGUGGUUCAAGUUAUAUCUGACAAUGCUUCGAACUACAAGAAUGUCGGGGCAAAACUUAUGGAGAGGAAAGAGAAGGUGUGGUGGACUCCAUGUGCGGCUCAUUGCAUUGAUUUGAUGCUAGAAGAUAUUUCUAAGAUGGCAUGGUUUGAUGACACACUCAAACGUGCUAGGUGUAUUUCAAAGUAUCUAUAUGGGCAUCAAUGGGGUGUUCUUCCUCUUGUUUGUGUUCUGAGAGAGGUUGAUUCGGAGGAGAGACCCCCCAUGGGUUUUAUAUAUGAGUUGAUGGAUGCCGCAAAAGAGAAAAUUGCAAGCAAUCUUAACAAAGUGGAGAAAAAAUAUAUGCCUAUUUGGAGAAAAAUAGAUUGUAGAUGGGACGAUCAACUUCAUCAACCACUACAUGCGGCGGGCUAUUACUUAAACCCACAAUUUCAAUAUGAGGAUAAUUUCUCAGAUACUGAUGAAGUGCGAAAUGGGUUGUUUGCUUGCAUGGAUAGGAUGCUUGGGAAAGGGAAAGAACGUGAAGAUGCCGAUGUUCAAUAG